AUGGUCACCAAGGCCGUGCAUCUUGAGCUUGUCAGCGACCUCAGCACCGAUGCCUUCAUUGCUGCAUUGAAACGGUUCGUUGCGCGCCGUGGCAAACCAGUCGCCUUGUUCUGUGACAACGCCACCAACUUCAAAGGUGCGGACAGGCAGCUACGAGAACUCUGCUCACAGCUCAACCAUCAACAACAUCAUCAGAAAGUGGUAUCAUUCUGUGCUGAAUCUGCUAUUCAAUUCAGUUUCAUUCCCGCAAACGCACCUACCUUCGGCGGCCUUUGGGAGGCCGCGUUCAAAUCCAUGAAGAACCACUUCCGGAGAGUUGUGGGUCUCGAUGCACUGCCAAGCGAGGCCAUGCAUACUGUUCUCGGCCAAAUCGAAAGCUGCCUCAAUUCGCGGCCGUUAACUGCAGUCUCGGAGGAUCCUAGCGACAUGGACGUCCGGCUCUGCAGUCGAUACCCGAGCCCGACCUGUCCCGAAUCCCCAGUAAUCGGCUUUCGCUCUGGCAGAAUAUUCAACGUAGAUCCCAAGGAAAUCCUGGUCUACAGACUACCUUCACCAGCUUCAGCAACGAUCCAAGCAUUUCUCCCGACAGCCGAACGUUCUAGUCGGUGGAGCGUAGGCCGCAUUGCAGCAUUACAUCCCGGCGAGGAUGUACUAGUCCGUGUAGUGAAGGUCAGACUUCCAACCGGCGCUGUAUUCGACCGACCGAUUGUGAAGGUAUGCAUCCUCCCCAUCGAUGAUGACCCUCGUUUCGCCUUCACUAUUGGCGAAGUAUCUGGCAUCCACGCCGGUGAAACCGAUCCGGCCACCAACCUUAGAUCUUAA